UCCAGCUUCAACAUGGCCGGCACUUGUGACGACGUGAUAAAUAACGUGGAAAAUUUGAGUAUAAAGGAAGAAAAGGCACGAAUACGGUUUAUAUUUGAUACAAUUCUUUAGUUUCAUCUUUAACUGUAUAAUAUGUUGAUGACCUCGCGUAUUUGCAGUUUUAAGAAUCUUUAUAAUGUUUCUAAAGGGACACAUGUUCGGGCGAAAAUGAAGCAAUCCAAAAAGAAACUUGCAGCAACUGAUGGAAAGUCUAUUUCUGAAUUAAAUCCUUGGCCAAAUUAUAUUCAGGAUCGUAUUGCAUUAUGGGACAAACUUAAAGCAGAGUAUGAAGCAUCAUUAACUUCAAAAUCAAUUGCUGACAUAAAAGUAACUCUUCUCGAUGGGAAGGAAAUUAUAGCUCAAUCUUGGCAUACAACGCCAUAUGAAAUUGCUAAGGGCAUUAGCCAAGGUUUAGCAGACAAUAUUAUAAUUGCAAAAGUUAAUAAUGAAUUAUGGGAUCUUGAUAGACCAUUGGAAUCUGAUUGCAAACUUGAAUUUCUUAAGUUUGAUCAUCCAGAUGCCCAACAAGUUUUUUGGCAUUCUAGUGCACACAUUUUGGGGGAAGCUAUGGAAAGAGUAUAUGGUGGUUGCUUAUGUUAUGGACCACCGAUAGAAAAUGGAUUUUAUUAUGAUAUGUAUUUAGGUGAUGCUGGAAUUUCUAAUUUAGAUUUCCCAUUCUUGGAGAGCCUUUAUAAAACUAUAGUUAAAGACAAACAACCAUUUGAGAGAUUAGUAAUGACCAAAGAAGAUCUUCUGGAGAUGUUCAAAUACAAUGAAUUUAAAAUUCGAAUUAUUAAUGAAAAAAUACAUACUCCCACUACUACAGUAUAUAGAUGUGGUCCAUUAAUUGAUUUAUGUAGAGGACCACACAUUAGACAUACUGGAAAAGUUAAAGCCAUUAAAAUCACUAAAAAUUCUUCUACUUAUUGGGAAGGAAAUGCUAAUGCAGAAUCUUUACAAAGACUUUAUGGUAUCAGUUUUCCAGAUGCUAAACAAUUAAAAACAUGGGAAAAAUUCCAAGAGGAGGCUGCUAAACGAGAUCACAGGAAACUAGGAAAAGAACAAGAACUUUUCUUCUUUCAUGAACUUUCUCCAGGAUCGUGUUUCUUUCAACCACGUGGAGCGUAUAUUUAUAAUACUUUAAUUGAAUUUAUUCGAUCUGAAUAUAAGAAACGUGGUUUCCAAGAAGUGGUUACUCCUAAUAUUUAUAAUAAAAAACUGUGGAAAACAUCUGGCCAUUGGAUGCAUUAUGCAGAAAAUAUGUUUACUUUUGAUGUUGACAAAGAAACAUUUGCAUUGAAGCCAAUGAAUUGCCCUAGUCACUGUAUGAUCUUUGAUGUUCGUAAUAGAUCUUGGCGCGAAUUGCCGUUAAGAAUGGCAGAUUUUGGAGUAUUACACAGAAAUGAAAUGACUGGUGCGUUAACUGGAUUAACUAGAGUUAGGCGUUUUCAACAAGAUGAUGCACACAUAUUUUGUUCUGUUGAUCAAAUUAAAGAGGAAAUGAUUGGUGCGCUUGAGUUUUUGAAACACGUAUAUUCUGUAUUUGGUUUCACGUUUAACUUAUGUUUAUCUACAAGGCCUGAAAAGUAUUUAGGAGAUUUAGCAAUGUGGGAUGAAGCUGAAAAAGCAUUAGCGGAAAGUUUAGAUGCAUUUGGAGAAUCAUGGAAAAUUAAUCCAGAAGAUGGUGCAUUUUAUGGCCCAAAAAUCGAUAUUACAAUUAUGGAUGCACUUCAAAGAGCUCAUCAAUGUGCCACUAUUCAGCUGGACUUCCAAUUACCAAUUAGAUUUGAUUUAUCUUAUGUUAAUGAAGCUGGUGAAAAAACAAGACCAGUAAUUAUUCAUAGAGCUAUUUUAGGUUCUGUAGAAAGAAUGAUUGCAAUUUUAACAGAAUCAUAUGCUGGGAAAUGGCCGUUUUGGUUGUCUCCGCGACAGGCAAUGGUUAUUUCAGUAAGCUCUCAAUUUGAUGAUUAUGCCGCGCAAGUGAAAGAUAAACUUUGGGAUAAUGGAUUUAUGGUAGAACUUGACACGGAUCCAAGUGAUACUUUGAAUAAAAAAAUACGAAAUGCCCAACUUGCACAAUUUAAUUUCAUCCUUGUUGUUGGAGAAAAAGAACUUAAUGCUGGCACGGUAAAUGUACGAACGAGGGAUAAUGUAGUGCAUGGAGAAGUUCUUGUUGAUGAUUUAAUAGAAAAAUUUAAAAUAUUCAAAGAAAGGAAGGAUAAAAAUUGUGAAGAAAAGUUUUAAAAAGCUUCGUCUAUACACAGAAUAUUUAUUUAUUUUCGAUAAUUUUAAUG